UGACUAUCUGCCUGAUAUUUCAGGUAUCAACCAGCUGUCAUUCUGGGUGCUGCCACUUGGGGUCACGGGCGGUGGGGCGAUGGUGAGGUAGGCUAGGUGGCCCCUGCGCAAGCAAGGCCAAGUAAUUCUUGUAGCGCAGCUCUGGCCACUCCCUGAACAGACCAGCACGCAACCCGAUCGGUUUCCAUCGUCCAAUUCCAUUCCAUUUCCUGACCGGACAACAACUAACCUAAAGCUUUGCUUUGCCAUCACCGCGACACGCUAGCUACCUACCUACCCGACCGAAAAGUAAAACGAAGGGAUAGAACGCGAGAGAGAGAAACAAGAUGUGGCUUGUUAACUGGUUCUACGAUGUGCUCUCUUCGCUUGGCUUGUUGAACAAGCAUGCCAAGCUGUUGUUUUUGGGCUUGGACAAUGCGGGCAAGACGACGCUGUUGCACAUGUUGAAGAAUGACCGGGUGGCUAUUUUGCAGCCUACGUUGCAUCCUACUUCCGAGGAGCUCGCGAUUGGUAAUGUCAGGUUUACGACUUUUGAUUUGGGUGGUCAUCAGCAGGCUCGCCGCCUCUGGAAGGAUUACUUCCCCGAAGUCAACGGCAUCGUCUUCCUCGUUGACGCCAAGGACCACGAGCGGUUCCCCGAGGCCAAGGCCGAGAUUGAUGGGCUUCUUUCGAUGGAGGAGCUGGCCAAGGUCCCGUUUGUGGUGUUGGGUAACAAGAUUGAUCACCCGGAUGCGGUAAGUGAGGAUGAGCUUCGCCACCAUUUGGGGAUUUACCAGACGACGGGCAAGGGCAAGAUUCCGCUGGAGGGGAUCCGCCCGAUUGAGGUUUUCAUGUGCUCGGUUGUGAUGAGGCAGGGGUAUGGGGAUGCUAUUCGGUGGUUGUCGCAAUACGUUUAGGGGAGGGGUUUGGAUAUGGGGGGGAGUGAGGUGACGGGGCGAUAUGAGGGACGGUAUAAGAGGGUAGUAAUGGAUGGGGAUAAGAAUCAAUACAGAAGGCCAGUUGCGUUUGCUUGUGUUUGAUGGGGGAUUGCGGGUGUGGUUGGCUGUUGAACUUGUGGUGUAGGCAUGGGCGAGAAUGUUUUGAGGCGUUAUGAUAUAUGAUUUAUAUUGGAAAUGAUACUUUUCUACCUGCCUCUCA